AUCAUGGCCUAACUUGUAUAUAUAAGGGAAUCAUGAACCCCGUCCCAUGAGCAAAAUGUGAGACCUUUUGAGUUCCCUAGCGAGCUGGCUUCCUCGUUAAAGACCGAAAAGUGUCACUGCCCUGUUUCGGAUUCUUGUAUUCACCUAUUCCCUCGCCCAUUGCAAGGUCAACUCUGCUCCGGAACGCUACGCUAGCAAGAUGAAGCCAUUCGGUUGGUCGCUCAUCUCGAGCCUUGCUCUGACGGCUGCUGGCUCGCCCCUGGCGGCUCCGGGCAUGUUGCUCAAUGAACGAGCUGCUGUCUCCUCGGAUAUGCUCGCCACCUUCAAGCUCUACGCGCAAUACGCCGGCGCAUCAUACUGCAACAGCGGGAAAGCGAUCGGAUCUACCAUAAGCUGUGGUGGCAACGCUUGCCCUGAUGUUACGUCUGCUGGUGCUAAGAUCACUGCCACUUUCUCUGGUAAGGCAACCGAUAUCCAAGGAUUCGUGUCCACCGACGCACGGAACCGAGUCAUCGUCUUGUCCGUACGAGGAUCUCACUCAAUCCGUAACUGGAUCACAGAUUUCCAAUUCAUCCAGAAGGAUUGCAGCAGUCUCGUCAGCGGGUGCAAAGUACACUACGGCUUCGCCAAGGCCUGGGACGAGAUCUCCGGCGCAGCCCUAGCCGCCGUCCAGGCCGCCAAGGCCGCGAACCCGGGGUACAGGAUCGUCUUCACGGGCCACUCUCUAGGCGCCGCCGUGUCCUCGCUCGGCGCGGCCUACGCGCGCAAGUCCGGCCUCGCCGUGGACAUCAUCAACUACGGGUCCCCGCGCGUCGGCAACGUCGCGUUCGCGGACUGGCUAUCCGGGCAGCCGGGCGUGGAAUGGCGCGUCACGCACCUCGACGACCCCGUGCCCCGGCUCCCCCCCAUCGUCUUCAACUACGCGCACACGACGCCGGAGUACUGGCUGAAAGGGGGCAAUCCGUUCAAGACGGACUACACCGUCGAUGACAUCAAGGUCUGCGAGGGCGUGCGCUCGCUGGGGUGCAAUGCUGUCACGCUGGGCUUGAACGUCGUCUCGCAUUUGUUCUAUCUUAGCCCGAUUGGUGGCUGCUCGCCCAUUGAGAUCGUGUUCAAGAGCAAGAGGGCGGAGGAGGAUUAUCUUUGGUGGCAGGGCACGUCGCCUGUUACGGACGUCGAUGACGGGCAGCUUGAGGCUCAGCUUGAUGCGUGGGUGCAGCAGGAUAUCAGCAUGAUGUCUUAAUCUGCGAG